GCUUUGGUUUUCAAUGUGUUGGCUGACUUGACAUGUGACCCCAACUUCCUCCAAAAGCCAUAACUGGUGUUUUUGGUCCUCCUCCUGUCUGUACAUUGUGCUUUUUUUCCUCCAAUCUUCCAUUCUGUCGCAAAUAAAUAGCUGGGAGGAUCAUGACCCUGAGCAGUCUAACUUUCCAACUACCAAGUGACAACAUGUGGACCCAAGCCAGCUCCCUUCUCCUCCUGCUUUUCGCCUGCUCCUUCUGGGCAACCAACGCUCAAGACAGAAGGCAAAACAUUUGGAACGACCCGAUAACGUUCAACACCAAAGCUAAGGACAAAUGCACCAUGGUAAUUACUGGGCAUGGGGAGACCACCAAGCUUAGAUUGUCCUGCCAGGGUCCUCAAAGAUCCUAUUGGUGUGAGUAUGUUGGUAAACCGUACUUGUGUGGCUCAUUCAACAAAAACCCUCGCCACUACUUCGUCCAGAUGAUGUGGGGGCUUCGAAAACUCAACAACGCCUGCCAAGCUCCGAGGGUGAUCAAGCCGCACAUGUGCCGGAAAGCCACCGACGAAUCUCAGAUGGUGUUCUCCGCUGCUUCCUUUCCUCGGCAACCGGAGAGGCAAAAGGAAGUGAGUCAGGCAAGGGUGCAGCAGAGGCCCGCUCCGACCAGACCAGAGUGGCACAGGUACCCAGAGAGCGGGCCCAUAAGGGAGAUGCAGAGGAGCGGGCACAAGGAACCAGCGCCCACUCCGGAGACACACAAGAAGAGGAUGGCCAGGCUCUACUGCUGGAAGUCCAUGCAAGGGGUCUGCGCCUAUGUCAUUGGGCUUUUUAGGGACUAGGAAAAAGCUCCACAGUGAACAUGCUGGGAGAACCACAGCGCUCUCUUCAGGGGGACCGAAGCAUUGCUGGGACUGUUCCAAUCUAAAUGAAAUGUCUGGCUCCCCACUCUCCUGACCAGCCAAGCAUGCACAGCACAACCACCUCCCGCCAGAGCUAUCCACACAAAGCCAAGCACGCCCGCAGAACACCACCUCACCGCCAUCUCCACUGCUACUCUGACCAAUGAGGUGAACAGAGCCAGCCAUGGACGCGUAUCUUGUACCAUAUUUGUUUACUUGUAUAUAACUUGUGUAAUCGUCAUGAACACUAUGAAUAAAUGAAAUGU